UUGUCACUGCGUCAUUACAGUCAGAGAAUAGUGUUUCGCCAUUUAGACCCCACGACUACACUGAGAUUGAUCAAUGACUACUUGUCGAUUGCAACCGAUAGCCCAGCUGAUUAUGCUGAGAUAGCAAUAUCCUACUACGACUGUCAAUAAUGUCAUGCGAAGCUUUAAUGGACAAGUUCACGGAGAGCGCGUCAAGACCUCAGCUCCAUCAGCCUUGCACGUGCAAGAAGAGGUGCAACAAUUGCAACGUUUUCGUCGGGGUUUUCAUCCUGUCGCUGUCGCUACACUUAAUAACACUGUCCUGCUUUCUGGACCUGCGGUCUGAGGUGAAGCGGGAGAUUGCACUGAAUAAGCGAGAAUCCGCGUCAGCUGUCAGCGGAUCUUCCCAGAUGAGGGUGUACCACACCAAUGACUCACACGAUGACAUUCACCGCGAACCCAGCCCGCCUGAGCCACCAGAGGGGAUUAUGGAAAGACGGGCCCAGGUGACGGCAGGAUCUGGCAGCGCACUUUGGCGGACGAAGCGUGGCACCAACCGAAGACACGACUCAGAAUCCCCCUCCGGUAAACGGAAAGAUAAAGUCAAGAAAGGUUUCAUCCGACAUCCUUUCCCAGGAAAGAGGCGACAGGGAGCCCCUGGUCCUCCAGGCCAACCCGGACCCCCAGGCCCUCAGGGCCCCCCAGGAAUUCCCGGUAUUCCGGGGAUCCCAGGUUCCAAUGCCCUGGGGCCAGCCGGACCACCCGGACCGCCAGGGCCAAAAGGACCACCUGGCCCCCAGGGGCCGGCAGGUGCUGUGGACAAAAGCAAGCUAAAAGAAUUUCAGCCUGCUGUGGUGCAUUUGCAAGGCCAAGAAACAACCAUACAAGUUAGAGAAGAUCUUUCAGAGGGCGUCCUGAAAAACUGGAAGAUGAUCUCGGUGCACCACAAGGUCUUCAAGAUGCACUCGCGCUCUGGCGAGCUGGAGGUGCUCGUGGACGGCAUCUACUUCAUUUAUAGUCAGGUAGAAAUUUACUACCUCAACUUCACGGACAUCGCCAGCUACGAGGUGCUGGUGGACCGAACGCCGUUCCUGCGCUGCACCUGCAGCAUCGAGACGGGCCAGCGCAAGUUCAACACGUGCUACACGGCAGGCGUGAGCCUGCUGCGGGCGCACCAGCGCAUCUCUAUCCGCAUGGUGUACCAGGACACGCUCAUCAGCAUGACUGACCACACCACCUUCCUGGGCAGCGUGAGACUCGGAGAUUUGCCGACCACCGGACAGGCGUGAACACAGACACACACACACACACACACAGACGCCGUAUGAGGACACGCUUAUCAGCAUGGCUGUCCACAUCACCUUACUUGGAAGUGUGUAGCCGGAGGACAAGCCAAACACAGUUGAGAACACACAAAGCAAUUUAACGUGAGCACACACACAUUCACACAUACAUAUACACAGGCAAACAUAUACACACACACACACACACACUUGAUGGUUCACUGUAUGUACACCACAGUUAAUUUGACAUUGGGCCACAAAUGUGCACUGAGCAAUGUUGCAUACCAACGCACACUUACCAACCCCCCUGUCAUAUCCAACAUGUCCAACACGCUGGCAAGGCAUGCAUGUACACUGAACAAACUUGUACACAUAUAUAAUACACACAUCAGUGAGACGACACACACACACACACACACACACACACACACACACACAAACAAACACACGCGACAGACCACACAGGAAACCAGUCACACGUACACACUGCACAAUGUCAAACAGACACCAUGCCCUGGGUGUGGCAACCUGUGGAGGACUACCAGAUGUGUAACCCCAGACGCCUGGCAUGCCAAACAGUUUCAGAAAAGUGAUCACUUUAAUCCAGGUCUUGUGCUCGUCAGACAGAAUCCUGCCUCAAGUCUCUUUCCCCACCCAGUACUGCUCUUCUGUUUGACCUGAAGGACUCUGACAUGAAGAAAACUGUGCACACCAACACGUUUGCACUAAUGGAACACUUCAACACACUUAAAAUGCCUUUAUGGUAUUUCCGAAGGAAUUACUGACUUAAAAGUUAAACAUAUCUUUUACACUACACUUUGUAUAUAUGUACAUAAAAUAGGAUAUACUUUUGCUGUAAAUGGACUCAAUGACAUUAAAUACAUUUUCAUUUGUAAUCUAA